AGCCCCUCACACAGCCCAGGCCCCUGCGCCCCGAGGGCGCCAUCGAUGACCCCCAGCCCGGCCUGCAGGCCGCCGAGGGCCCUGGGGGCUGCCGCCCCCCUGGGGAACCCGGAUGCGGACCCGCUUCAGAAAACAGAGCUGUGGACAAUGGAGGACCCCGCGCCAGGGCUCCGGAACGGGACAGCGGUGCGGGGUCACUUGAGGGCCGCCUUCCGGAACCGGAGUCAGAGGAGAAGACAGGGAACCGCGGACGCGGGGCGGACCCCGCGCGAGGGACAGGGUUCCAGGAGGACGGGCGCCGGCCCCAGGCUCAGGACGCCGCUCCUCGGGAGGAGGAUGCGGGAGCCGCGCCCACAGCUCCCGGGAGGGCGGGAAGGGCCGGGCCCCCUGGAGGAGGCCGCGGGGCUGCGGAGCCCGGGCGGCAGGGGGCGCUCUCCGGGACCACAGCCUCCUGGUGUUUGUAACUCCAGGCCUUUCAUUCUUACUGUUGUGUUUAUUCAUUGGAGAGAGAGAAUUACAGAGAGGGGAGAGGCAGAGAGAAAGGUCUUCCAUGCUCUGGUUCGCUCUCCAGAUGGCCACUACAAGGGGUCUCCCAGGCAGGAGCAGGCCCCAAGCCCUCGGGCCAUCUUGCAUGGCUUCCCCAGCCCAUUAGGAGAGAGCCAGAAUGGAAGAGGGGCAGCCGGGACAGGAACCAGCGCCCAUGGGGGAAGCCGGCCCUGCAGCCAGAGGCUUAGCCCACCAGGACACAGCACAGGCCCGUCCCACGGCGUUUCCGGUGCUGUGCAGAGAAACUGACUUGAAACUUAGCAGACUCCAGGAGCUAGAAUCCUGCUGUCUUUUCUCUUAGAGAGGGGAGGCCUUGCCUCCUGCGUGCGGGCUUGUAGUGUAUAACUUUGUUGCAGGCAGAAGUCUCUGAGGGUUAAAGUGCAGUUAAGGAAGUGAGGUUAAGGUGGCUGCAGGUCAUCCCGCACUGUCUUGGGCUCAGAGGCUCUGGAGCUGGUGCAGUCACACUAAGGAGAGGAGCCCAGGAGCUGCAGCGUGGGGGUGACAGGGCAUGCACAGAAGGUCAGGGUUGGGCAGCGCGGUGGCACAGCGGGUUAGAUCCCCAGCCUGCAGAGCCCGCCUCCAUGGGGCCUGCUCCACUGGCUAUGCAGCUCUCUGCUGGGACCUGGGAAAGCAGUAGAGGAUGGACCAAGUCCUUGGGCCCCUGCACCCACAUGGGAGACUUGGAAGAAGCUCCUGGCUCCUGGCUUUGGAUCGGCACAACUCUGGCCAUUGGCCAUUUUGUGAGUGAACUAACGGAAUAGAAGACUCUCUCUGGCUCCACCUCUCUCUGUAACUCUUUCACAUAAAAUAAAAUAAUUAUUAAAAAAAUAAAAGAAGCACAGUGUCUGUGUCCCUGGGGCCUCCAUUUGUUCACUCAUCUCUUCCCUGAAAGGUUGAUGCGCCCAAGGCAGCUGAGAACCCUGGGGUUUGAGUCAUUCAGUUUGUUUUGCACCUUUUCUCUCUAUCCUUAUCCUCUCUUCUCAUUGUGUGUGUAAGUGUGUGUGUGUGUGUGAUUUUUUAUUUAUUUAUUUUAGAGUUAGCACUACAGAGAGAGUGAGAGACAGAAAAAGGUCUUCAUCUGUUGAUUCACCCACCAAAUGCCUACAGUGGCUGGACCUGGGCUGAUCUAAAACCAGGAGUUUAUCCAGGCCUCCCACGUGGGUGCAGGGGCCCAAGCCCUUGGGCCAUCUCCCACUGCUCUCCUAAACAAUAAGCAGAGAGCUGAAUUGGAAGAGGAGCAGCCAGGACACGAACUGACUCCCACAUGGGAUCCUGGCCCUGCUGACAGAGGCUUCCCCUACGAAGCCACAGCCAGGCCGCAUCUCCUUCUACUUUAAAUCAGAUGUGGAGAAAUCCUGUCUGAACCCCGUGCUCACAUUAAUGAGAUUGUAGGGAUGUGUGGAAAAGAAUCUUUCCUCCAAUAGGGGUGAAAACAAAAUCUGUGUCUUUGUGCUUUUUCCACAUAAAUUCUUAGGUGGUUUUUCUAGUUCAGUGAACAAUGUGCCUAAUAUUUUGGUGGGGAUUGCCUUGAAUUUGUAAUUUGCUUUGGAUGGAGUGGAAAUUUUCAUCAUGUUAAUUCAUGUAAUCCAUGAACAUGGAUGUCUUUCUAGUUUUUGUGUCUGCUUCAAUGUCUUUCAUUGGUGUCUUGUAAUAGUCAUGGUAGAGAAAACAUUAAGAAAUGGACAAGCAGGAGUGCUUUCUACAUGGCUUGGCACAUGUUUUAAUGAGAUGUGGGAGCAAAGCAUCAAGGCCUGUCUGUGUCUAGUACACAGUAACUACUCAGUCACAUUAGUUCUUAUCAGUCCAUCACCAUCUGCUCUUUCAGAAUCUUCCUCCUUGUCUUAGAAACAUGGAUAGCUGUUCAUGGUGUAAUGGACUAUUCUGCUCACAUAUGUUAAUGUUCUUCUAAUGAUUCAAAUGUUUAGUAUUAUUAAUGUCUCAAGGGGCAUCAUCUACAUAUAUUUGGUAUGUCCCUUAUUAAUUGUGAAGGUACUUCUCCAGGUCGUAUCCUGUAAAGGGACUUGCAAGAUCAAAGUUCUGGUACAUUCCUGAUGGUGCUGUUCUGGCCCCAUUGCCUGGCAAGAAGAUUUUCCCAUUCACAUUCACAGCCACUGAUGAGAAUGUUCUUUUCUAUACCCCCUUGCAGAAACUAGACAGCCCCUGUUACCUUCUGUUAACUUUUACCAGCACUUAACUCUUUGUUGUGAGAUUUUAUCAACUCAGAUUACACUCAAUAGGCCUGGAAAGGCUGCGAUCAAUGGGAUGGUCUGUGUUCUCUUGUAUUGGAUGACUGCUCUGCUCUGAGAUAAUCAGACUACAGCAAUGCGAGCACACGAGUCUUGCAUGGUGGACGCCACUGCAUGUUGGGUUCCUGCAGUGUUCUGGAUUUUGUGUCUGAGGCCCUCGUUUCUCUGUUGCUCUUUCCUUUCUCUCUGCUUGCUUCCUUAUUCUUUCUUCCCACUGACCUCGGGAUUGGUCUGCUCCUGUUUUACUAGGAUUUUGAGAUACUUCAAUAGGUUAUUGGAAGUCUUUCUAAUUAUUUGAUGUAGGAGCUUAAUCCCAUAACCUUUCCUCUGCAUACUACUUUUAGAAUUUCCCAUCAGAUUCAGUGUGUUGUGCUUCCAUUUUAAUUGGUUUCAGGGAAUUUUUAAAUUUCCCUCUUGAUUUCUUAUCCAGCCUUUAUGUAUUUGUAUAUCUUUGGAGGUUCUUUUGUUGUUGAUUUCUACUAUUAUAGCAUACAUUAUAAUUUUUUUGAAUUUGUAAGAUUUGCUUUAUGGAUCUGUCUUAAUGAAUGUCCCAUGUGCAGAUGAAAAGAAUGUAUAUUCUGCAGCUGUGGAGUGAAAUAUUCUGUAGUCAUCUGUUAUGGCCAUUUGGUCUGUAGUAGCUUCUCUCUGAUGUUUGUUAAUUUUUUUUCCAGGUGAUCUCUUUCUGUUGAUGAAAGGUGAGUGUUGAAGUCCCCCACUAUUACUGCAUUAGAAUUCAUGUGUCCUUUAGAUGGAAUAAUUUUGUUUUAUAAAUUAGGGUGCUGCAGCAAUGGGUGCAUAUGUACUUACCAUUGUCACAUCCUCUUGUUGAAUCAAACCCUUGAUACUCAUAUAGCAACCGUCAUCUCUUGUUCCAGUUUUUAUCAUCAAACCUAUUUUAUCUGAUCCAACCAUAGGUACUCUUGCUCACAUCUGAUAUCCAUUAGCAUGAGGCAUCUUUUCCCAUCCUUUCCCUUUCAGUCUCUGUCUUUACUGGUGUGUUUCUUGUAGGUGACUUGUGGUGGGAUCUUGGUUUUCAUCCAGUCAUCCUGUCUGUAUCUUGUAACUGGGUAAUGUUGUCUGUUGACAUUCACAGUUAUUAUGGAUAAGGGAUGGCUUAGAGCUUUAUUUUUAAAAAUUUCAUCAUUUUCUUGUGAGUACCCUAUGUUCUUUUUCCAGUGGGUUUUCUGUCAUGCGUCUUGAUGGUGGCAGUGACUCCUUACUCUGAGUCACUUGCAGAGGCUCUGGGACAGGAACUGCACAAGGCAGACAGUGCUCCUGUCUCAGGAAGACCCUUUUCUGGCAUAGGAGCCUGAUGGUCUAGAGGUGAUCAGAGAAACUCAUUCUGUGUCUGACUGGGAUCACUACUUGAUCCUUUCAGUGUUCUUCGGUCCUGCUGUGUCACCCAGGGAUCAAACUGACUGAAUAUAAAUGAUAGAUCUUAGUACCAGAGUGACUCAUGGGGGAAGCAUAUUCUCCAAAUGGCCAAAUGAUGUCCCUGAAUAACAAAUGAGAAUUCCUCAGUUCCUUGGAUGUCACAGCAUCAGAUACACUUACCCAACCAGUAAAAGUGUUUCUACCUGUGCAGAAACUUCUUGGUUUGAUAACAUCCGAUUUUUCCAAUUUAUUUUGCUAUCCAUGUUCUUUUGGUCUUAGCCCAAAAACUGUGUUGACUCUGCCCAUUUCUUAGAGCACUUGUGCCAUGUUUUCCCCUGUUAGUUUCAUAGUUUCAGAUCUUACAUUUAGAUCUUGGAUCCAUUUUCAGUCGAUUUUUGUAAAUUAAAAUCCAAUUUUCCCAGUCCCAUUAAAAUAGAUGUGUAUUUCUCCAGGGAGUGUUUUUCACACCUUUGUCAAAAGUAAGUGGGAUGUAGCUGCAUGAAUUUCUAGGGGUUCACUUUUGUUCCAUUGUCCUAUGUGUCUAUUGUUAUGUUGGUACCAUACUGUUUUGGUCUCAGUAGCCUUGUGGCAUAUCUUUAAUUUUGAACUGUGGUGCCUUCAGCUUUGGCUUCAUUGUAUUAAGACUAUUUUGAGUAUUCAGAGCCUUUUGUGUUUUCAUAAGAAUUUUAAGAUUUUUUUCUAAUUCUGUGAGGAUGUCAUCAGUAUUUUGAUGGGGACUACAUUGAAUCUCUAAAUUGUUUUGGGUAGUUUUGAUAUUUUAAUAAUAUUAAUUCUUCUAAAUCAAGAACAUAUGCAGGAAUUCCAUAAUUUUGUGUCUGCUUCAUUUUCUUUCAUUAGAUUCAAGGUGUUUGAAUUUUCAUUGAGGAGGACUUUCACAUCCUGGUUGAACUUAUCACAAGCAUUGCCUAGCAAAAAAGCUGGGUCCACAGAGGUCCAGAAUGAAUCUCUAUGCUGUCUGGCUCCAGGAGAUAAAAAUAAGAACAUGGAUCUCCACACAGAAAUGACCUCCAUGAGGUCUGACACUCUCUAGCAUUGCAGCCGAGGAGAAAGCUUGAGGGAGAAUCCCAGAGCAGCAGAAAUAGCAGUGCUUUAUCCGAAGUCCACAAAACCCAACAAUGCAUUCUUGGAAGACAAGAGCCAUGCUCAGCACAGGGAAGUUGGAGGUCAAAGCUCAUGGGGCGGCCCUCCUACCAUCAGGUGCUGUGGUGCUGAGACAACCUCUUAGUCUCUAUGGACCCCAGGUUCCUCAUUAGUGAGGGCAAAAGGACAGAGAAAAGAGAUCUCCUAUUGACUGGUGUGCACCUAGGAGGCCUGAGCUAACCUGGGCCUGGCCAGGCUGAAACUUGGACUGGGUCCAUCAGGAUCUCCCACAUAGACUGCAGUGACACAAGUACUGGAGCCGUCACUGCUGCCUCACCGUGUGUGUACUUCCAGGAAGCUGGAGGGGAGAGCUAAAGCAAGGACUCGGUCCCAGGUGUGGGGAGCAACUCGGACUAGACUAAGUUACUGGAAUUAAGACUUAUUCUAUGCAUCUGCUCUCCCACAAUAUGGCGCUGAGAGAAAGAGACCAAACAACCUCUACGCAGCUGCCUCAUCAGUUUGACAUCCUGCAAGAGCUGAUCCUGCUCCUGAUUGGAGGAGAGCAGCGUGCUUGGCGUGUGGGCAGCAGAGUUGGGAUUGGUGGAAGAGGACUAUAAAGGAGGAGAGAGACAACAUGCACCAGGGAACAUCUAAAGGGAACAUCCGGAUAACAUCUGAGCAGCCCCCGAGAGAGCCGGCCGGCAGUGUGCCGCUCCCCCGAGGAAGUGGGGAAAGUGGCAGGGGGAACCGCCCCUCCACGGAGGUGGAGGGUCGGUAGCCAACCCGGGAAGAACCAGCAGCAAACCUGGGAAGGGCCGAGCAGACAAAAGAACAGUGCAGGGUCUAGUGUCGUUCCUCCGUGAAGAGGGGGAGCGACACCCAGGCACUCUGAUUCAGGUGUGGGCAUCCCAGGUGGCAUCUUAACUGCUGUGCCAAAUGCUUGUGCCAAUUUCAACCUCUUAGAAGAAAAAAUAGUACAAAGUAUUUUCAACUUGAAUUUACUACAUCUUUUAGUCCCUGUUGUCCUGCUGUGACACACCAUCAGCAUGGCAGGAUCCCACAGCUCUGCAUCAGAUCCCAAGGCAGAACUGAAUGACCUCGAAUGCCAGCAAUUGCGAUCCCAGCUGGCAAAGAGCCAACAGGACUGCUGGGAGCUCCAGGAGAAGUUUCUCAUAGCUGAGGCUACAAACUUUGCCCUGGCCAUGGAGCUGAAAAAAUACAAUUGUGAGAAGUUUAAAAACAUCAUUGAGUCCAUACUGACCAAAAAGCUCCACUUGGAGGAGCCGCUGGCAGAGAAGCCCACGGUCCCAGAGCUGCUCAGGCAUUGCCGUGGCAUCCUUGAAGAUCAGGACCAAGAACUUUCCCAGUUACGUCCAAAGGUCCAAAGGGGGAGAAAUCUAGCCCACAUCCUGCAGCAGUACCUGAAGGACGUGCUCACCGUGCAUGACCCUGAGACCUGUACGGGGCAGGGCUUCCGACGACUGCUCACUGAGGCUGUCCGGCUGUCAGCGAGCCUUGAGGACCUGCUUGGAGCAGAAAAUAUUGAAGAGGAGGAAACACCAGCACAAGGACCUGUUGCUGACAGGGAGUUCUUGGAAGUGGAUGAAAUGGAAACCCCACAAAGUUCACAGCAGGAAACAUCUAUCACUGGUGCUGUUGACCACCUGCCCAGUGACUCCUGCCUGCCUGAGGGCACUGUGCAAAUGUCUCGUGAUGCUGAGGACACCCACGGUGUGCUAGGUGUAGAUGGGGGACACGCUUGUUCACACAAGAAAGAAGAACCUGUCACCGUUCUCCCAGAAAAUCAAUAUCAUGAAGUGGAGGUACAAGAGCAAGUUGUCACAUACACUUCCAGCAGGGAGCUCCCAGAGGAGCAAGAGCAGGAAGACCCAGAUGACUCACUGGACGAGUGCUACCUCACUCCCUCGAUUUCUCCAGUCGUUUCUGAGCUUGACCAUUCCACGUGGAGCAGCUGGUGCUCCCUGGAGCAGCAGGACAUGCUCUCUGCUCCAGAUGCAAAUGAAAAGGAACAUGACAAUGAUGAAGUGCAAGAGGAAGCACAAGCCCUGUCACACACCAGUCUCAUCAGGGAGAUUCCAGAGAUUGAAGAUCAAGAUGUCUCACAAGACUCUCAUGGUACGUGUUUGACUCCUGCACUUCUUCCGGAAGCUUCUGACUGGCCCCAUUCUAGGAGCACCUGGUCCUCACUGGAGAAACAGCCUGUCUGCUCUGCUCUUGUUGUAGACAGUGAGUGCUCCAUUGUGAACGGGAACACUCCACUGGUCUCCCACGUGGCCUCUGUAGUGUUGGGUUGCUGCACCUGUGUUGGGUGAGACAGACCACUGUGCACUCAGGCCCCGGG